CCUGAAUAUACCGCGAUCACGACGCUUUCGGAGUGAACGAAUCGAAACAUCGUCUCUGCUAGAGCUAAUACAAAUAAAAAUAUUUAUUUCAAUUCGAGGAUAAAAAAUGUCACACAACAAUCAUACCACCAACGGCGCAGGAAGAUGUAAGAUGGCGACGAUCGACAAGCUGUUCACUACGGUGCAGCCGAAGAGCGGCGACACCGGCAACAAGGUGACGGUGGUGGGCGUGGGCCAGGUCGGCAUGGCUGCCAUCUUCUCCAUGCUCACGCAGGGCGUGACCAACAAUGUGGCGCUCGUGGACGUGAUGGAAGACAAGCUGAAGGGGGAGAUGAUGGACUUGCAGCACGGCUCCGCCUUCAUGAGGAACGCCAAGAUACAGGCCAGCAAGGAUUAUUCAAUAUCGGCGGGCUCGAAGAUUUGCAUCGUGACGGCGGGCGUGCGGCAGCGCGAGGGCGAGACCCGUCUCGACCUGGUGCAGCGCAACACCGACGUACUCAAGCACAUCAUUCCUCCGCUAGUGAAGUACAGCCCGGACGCGAUCUUCCUGAUCGCCAGUAACCCGGUGGACAUCCUGACGUACGUGACUUGGAAGCUGAGCGGGCUGCCCAAGCACCGCGUCAUCGGCUCCGGCACCAACCUGGACUCGGCGCGCUUUCGCUACCUGCUCUCCGAGAAACUCGGCGUCGCCACCACCUCCUGCCACGGGUACAUCAUCGGCGAACACGGGGAUUCCAGCGUUCCGGUAUGGUCCGGCGUGAACAUCGCCGGUGUCCGGCUCAGCGACCUGAACCCGAAGAUCGGCACCGACACCGACCCCGAGCACUGGAAGGACACGCACGGCGCGGUGGUGAAGAGCGCCUACGAGGUCAUCAAGCUGAAGGGCUACACGUCGUGGGCCAUCGGCCUGUCGCUCUCGCAGCUGGCUCGCGCUAUCCUUACCAACGCCAUGAGCGUCCACGCCGUUUCUACUUACAUCAAGGGCGAGCAUGGUGUGGAGGAGGAGGUGUUCCUGUCGCUGCCGUGCGUGCUGGGCAGCGGCGGCGUGUGCGACGUGGUCCGCCAGCCGCUCACCGUCGAGGAGGCGGCCGAGCUGCGCAACUCCGCCGCGCUCAUGGCCAACGUGCAGGCCGGCAUCAACUUCUAAACUUACUACCAACAUCAACAAUCCUCACCUAACUCAGUGCGCAGAAACGCACUUUAUAUUUAAACUAGACUAGAGCAAUGACCUACCUACUACUUUUUUGUGUGCUACUCUGCAGCGGCGCCACCAUCAAUUAAUUAUUGUGGUAAUAUGAUGUGCCUGAAUCGUACAUCAUGUACCUAGGUAUAAUGUACAUUAUAAUGUACAUGCUACACGCGAAAUAAAUGUGUAGUUAUCUACAAAUAAAAAAUAUCUAUAGGGUGGGCCAGUGAUAAAUUAUCUUUUCGUAUUGACGUCUUUCGUUAAAAUACAUUUAUCGUUGGCCCAUCCUAUAUUUAGAAAAAUAUAGUAAAAAUACAUGGCAGCAUUACAUUCAUUCUCCCGAUAUAUUUUUGGACCACUCUUAUGAGUGGACAAGGAAUCUAAAAAUCGAAACCAAAGAUAUUUUGAAACUUAUUAGGAGUAAACUUACUUGUAUACAUCAUAUUGUACCUAUUGGAGGCAUUUUAUUUAUUUUGGUACAGUCAGAACUUAACACCAGGCGCAGGUAGUUGAGGCGGAUGCAUCCUUUGGCGCCCAUUGGGAGAAGUCCCACCAGGGAAAUGGGGACAACUGGGAAGGAAACAUUCCCAGUCAGUUGUUAUCACGGGGACAAGUAACUGUAGAACUUUCUUUGCAGGUAGUAGCACGUGUGGUUUUACUUAAUAGACAAAGGAUUAGCCGUUCGGGGCCAGCUCCAAAACGAACGACUAGGUAUACAGGAAAAUCGAGCUUCUAUUGUCGCGCCAUUGUUUGACAAUUGUAUUUUAGUUUUUUGAUCGCCACAGUCGGCCAUGGGCGUUAUAUAAAAUAGUCGUGGCAAUCAAAGGAUUAAAUAUUUUUUACAUCCUUACAUAAGGGUUUUUCUUGGGCAGGGCUUGUUGUUGCAACCGAUUUAUAAAUUGGUGAAGGCUCUCUAAAUUCCUAAAUGUACUGUGUGUGUGUGUGUGUGUGUUCUUUAUUAAAUUUGCUGUAAGAUCAGAUGUAUGAACAAGUGAAGAUAUUUUUUUUAAAUAUAAUGUAGUAGUAGUAGUCAAUUUGUUACCGAUAAAUUCUAUAAUAAACAGAUCGUUAACACAAAAUAAGCCGUGAGUAUACAGAAAUCGUUAUAUAAUUGUAUGAAAUUGUUACAAUACCUAUUUAUUUAUUUAUUUUAUUUAUAUGAGCCUAGGGUGUCCCACUGCUGGGCAAAGGCCUCCCUCCCCCCUUUCCACGUAUCCCGGUCUUGACCCGUCUCUCCCACCAGUUCCUGUCAAAGGCGUCAAGGUCUUCUCGAUACCUAAUCCUGAUAUAGAUAUAAUAUAUGUAAGUACCUUAUGUAUAUAUUUUAUACAAGCUUUUAUUUCAUAAUCUAAAUAUGUAUAUGAAUUCGUUCGUCUGAUUGUUUAUCAUAUUUAUAGUAAAUAAUUAUUGCCACAAAUUAAUGUCCAGUUUAAUUAAAACUAGCUACUAAUAAUAGACGAUGUUUAUUGUAUCAGUUAGCAGCACUGAUACAAUAAGCAUCAUCUAUUAUUUUCUCAGUAUUUUUGUACAUUUUUUAAAUCUUACUAGUAAGUUUUGUAAAACCUAGUCAAGAUGACAAGUGUGAAAAACGUGUACCUAUUGAUUGCAGUAUUUAUAUCAUUAAGUUUAUAUUAUAAUUUUAAGUUCCGAAUUUGUCCAAGGCAUUUUAAUAAAUAUAAAUCUUAAACAA